AUGAACUUGGGGGCAUCAUUUGCGAGACUGGACCAUCAGGAAUACUAUGCCGCCAACAAGCAGGACAUCAUCAACACCCAUAUCGAGAACCGCGAUCUCCGCUUUCAGACACAUACAAAGCAAACGAUUCGAGGAAUACUUGACAUCUCCGCAGGACGUGUGAACCUCGACCAUCUCAUUGUCGACGUCAAUCCCUUCAACCCCGAUGCCGCUGGAAACGUCUCUCCUGUCACCUAUGUCAUUGACGACCCCAGCGAGAUCAAAUCACGGCGGCUUACCUUGGUGUUGUCUCAUCACUCCAGCUUUCGUGGCUCCAACUUUUCGGUGCUCAAGGGAACCAUGACCAAGGACCCGAUUCAUAUCCUGAACGCGGUGCUCGAGGAUGCCAGAUACAACACCAACCGCAUCAUCACCGCAUACGGACUCGCGGACGAGUACUCUCCUCUCUGCGGCCUGGAUCAGGAUGGAGUAGAUAGCUCCCUCGCAUCAUCUAUGAAGUACUACUCGCCCAGAUGUGGCAGUCCAACCUCGGUUACCCUAUGGCUCGGUGCGGAUACGGUGACCGCCUUGCCUUCUGCCACUGCCAGGGUCCUGGGUGCGUGGUUCUCUGCUGACGGCAAGGGAGCCCAUACACGGCAGCUACGCUCGUGUAUCGUCAGCCAGUACACAAACGUCGUUCGCCAGAAGGAGGGCCUACCCCACAGCUCACCGGCCACCACCCUGUUCCAUCGUCGAUUAUACGGCCUCCAAGACUUUGGCGAUGCCGUGACCGAAGAGCAAGUCUCAACUGCACACCUGCGUCUAAACGACCAAGACCUGUUGGGUAUGUCUGCCGCCUUAUUGUCGAGAGGUAUCACCUUCCAGUCGCCAGAGACCCCCGUCAACGUCUCUGGAUAUAUCGGCCUUCUUCUUCUUCGCCUGUUGAAGCAGGAUGUCACCCAGCUCUGGAGUUGCGAUCCCAAGAGUACCAAGAUCCUCGGCAUCGACUUGGGCCAAGCAUUUGUCGUUGAAGCGAAUGUGAUUCUACCCACUCGCGAGCAGCUGAAUGUCGAACAAGUACAAGAGCCUGGCGCCACUACCAUGGAGUCGUCACUUUCGAGUAUUGAGGCAGAGGAGGAUGAAGAGGCCGAGGAAUCGUCGCCCAAGUUUUUCAACUUGGCCGUAAAGCAGAAGGCUGUCUACCAGCCUACCUUCAAGCACAGACGAUGGCUGGAGCGCAGGAAUGCGCAGACAGUUGAGGGGAGCUUCCAUUAG